UAGAUCUGGUUUGUUGACAAAAGUCCACAGUGGCAUUCUCUGCCAGGUUACGCCGCGAUUUAGGUCACGUGACAAGUACCUAGCAGUAAUUCAACAUGGCGGACAGUGUUGUAAACAAAGUUGCUGGAAUAUACUUUUCAGCUUCCAGAUGAUCUUGUUUGUAUUGAAAUGGAUCAGAUAAAAAGCAGUCACAGGGAAUAGUAUUUUCAUUGUAAUAUAACUAUCAAAAACCUCUACAAUAUUCCAAAUGGAGGCAUAAUUCAGUAAAAAUGACAGAGACUGUAGAGAAAUUGCAAGAGGAUGCCCUGAUUAAAGGUGUUAAACAGUUACUAUUGAGUACAAAGGGCUAUCUUCAAGAUGCUAACAGUGUGGAGGAUAUGGAAGAAACACUUGUACAUCUAGAAGAGAGAGAUGGGGAUUUUCACAGAUAUGACUUGGUGAAGGGAUUAAGGGCACAAGUGGAGGAAUCUCUGGGACCAUUGAUAGACAGUGAGUUACAUAGGCAUGCUCUUGACCAAUAUGAUCAGAUUGCUGGAAAUGAACAUAUCCUGCAGCAAAUUACUGACAAACUUAUACAUUCUCAACAGCGAAAGGAAAUGUCUGGGAACUUAAAGCAAAAUGUGCAAUGGGCUGUGCAGUAUUUGUUAGACAACUUUGAUGAAGAGUUUCGGCAUUCAAUUGAGGAGAGUCAAGCUAUACAGAAACACAAUCUCUUUAGCAGUGAUGGGGAAUCUUCAUUUGGGAGCUCAUUUAAUCAGAGCAGUUUUGUAUUUCCCAAUCAAGAACAUUUCCAGCAUAUUGCAGAGAACCUUGAAAAAAGCAAUUUCCCAGAGAAUCGAAUUGAAGGUUUGAUAAGUCUAGUAAAAGCAUCUUCUGCUGACAUCUUAUGUAGCGACUACUGGCCACAAUUCAAGAAAGGCCUCAUGCAUGCUCUGGAAGAUGACGAUAUAAAGAUUUCAAGCUUGAGUAUGACAUUUUGUGCCAAGGCGUUUGCAUCUUGCUCACCUUCAACAAAGGAGGUCUUCUUUCUACUAGUGGACUACCUGAUUGGUCAGUUUCAACCACCAAAAAGCUACAUACCAAAAGUGAAAAAUGGAUUAGAUAUAAACAAAGCAGAUACAGUGAAACUCCUUAAAGUUUUCCGCCUGCUGAAUGAAUUCCAAAAACAGAUUCCCCAGUAUUGGAUACGAUUUCCAGAAAGAUUUGUGGAGGAAUUGAUAGAGAGCAUGUUAAAGCUGAUAGAGAUCACCUACAAAGCACCAAUGGGAAGUCAGCCACAGAUGAUGCCACUACACUUCCUAGCUGUCUUGGACCCACAGGCCAAGUGGUUUAUGACUUGGAUGCAUGGUCAUUACAGCAGGUCUAUUUUAUUGAAGAACUUUGAAUCUUGCAAAGUAGUGGUGAUAGCUGUUAUUAAACACUGUAUGGAAUUCUGUGGCUCCCGGAAAGUUCCCUUUGAUCUAAUGAGUGAAGCGUCAGAUACACCUGGGUCUACAGGUACAGGUGAAGGUCGUAGGAAACAUUACACUGGGCCAGAAAUAGAAUACAUCUACUUCAUCCAUUCAAUACACUUCAUCAGUAAACUGCUUUGCUUCAAACAUGGCAGGGAUCUCUUUCCUAUAACAGUCAAGGAGAAGGAAGAGCCAGUCAGCAUAACAAAGUUCUUGGUCUCUCUGACACAGCUUCUGACUGACCCUACAGUCCAGUCCCUCCAUCCUCACAGUCAAGGUGUUUUUGAGUUGUGUUACCUUGUGACUGAGUUCCUAGUGCGUCUGUGUCAGUGUGAUGAUGUCUCAGAGAUAUGUAUGUGCCAUGAUGAUGUCACCUCUGCCCUCUUGUCACCCAUAGCACAUUGGCUUGAUGGAAGCAGCGAUCAAGGUGGGAACAUGGCUUCAGAAACUACACGAGUCUACAUCGGGGAAAUCCUCUCUGUCGUUGCCUCAAAUAGUCGUGGAAGGCGCCAUCUUUUAUAUGGAGAACGUGAAGAAAGAUUCACUCGCACAAAAUCUGCACCAGCUCAUACAAUUACUGAGUUUGUUUGUAAAGGACUUGUAAAGAACCUGCCUAGGGAGAGUGGGCCUCCACCAAGCUGCUAUGUUAUAGAAGCCUACAUGUAUGUUUGCAGACAGUUAUAUAGCACAUGUGAGGGACUCUAUGUGUUAUACCCUUAUAAUUUACAUACUGUCAUAUCUAAUGUUUGGAAAGCAACACGAAGACAAUUAGAAAAUGCGAAGACUCCAACACCAUCUAGUGACAAUAGUGAUGAUAAUGAACAUGCUGAAUCUCGUGAACUGAUAUUCUGGGAAGAGACACUAAAGGACAAUUUAUUGAACUUUGCUACAACACCUAAAGGCCUUCUGCUCUUGCAGCAGACAGGUGCCAUAGAUGAUUGUGUGUCGUACAUGUGCUCUAGAUAUGCCAAGAGGCUACAGGUGAGCAAACGUGAGAAAUUUGGGUAUGGUUACAUGAUAUCUCAGGUGGCAGGUACAACUCCAGGCAUAGUGGCACUAGAUAGCUCAGGUUUUUUUAAUAAUCUGAUAAGAGAAUUGUGGUCCACACUGGAGUGUGACAGUGAGGAUAAUUUUGUGUACACCCCAAGGAUCUGGCCAAUUGACCCAAUAGAUAAAUCUGCUCAUAAGUACUUUAUGAGUCUCGUGCACACACUCUCCAGCUUUCCAUCUGUAUAUGAGCUUCUGAGGGGAGGUAAACUACCAGCCAAAGACUCUUAUGGAUUCAGAGAGCUCCCUGAAACUGUUGUAGAUUUGCUAGACAGACUGAUUGUAGUAAAUACAGAGGCAAAGAUCCAUUCACUCUUUAAUUAUGAGCAGUCACACAUAUUUGGCCUUAGAGUACUAAGUGCAAUGGUGUCAAGCCUUGAUGUGUUUCUGUUGCUGCAGACGCAGUAUGACAUCCACAAUGUUCUCCUCACUGGACAAGAGGCUAACUGUCCCGAAGAUAGGCAAGGAGAAAUCAUUGUAGAUAUGCUCUCUCUGGAAAGAAACUACAUAUUGGUGAAAUCAUAUUUGAUAGGUGGACCUUCUGAGAGAAUCAUUCCACCUCGAGAGUUGACUCAGAUUCAAAUGAAGAAGAAGUUCAAGUACCCUCUGUUUUCCUGCUACCCUGUGCCACGAGAAUACUCUCCAAACAUUGCUGGAAGGUCUGCCAUGAAACAAGCUUCUUACAUUGACUAUGCCAAUCGUGGUCCAGAGAAUGAACUCAGUAAGUUCUUAUCUGAGACAACCAAGAAGAACCGGCAUGUGAAGUCUACCUCCUGGCUAGACAAAUGUUCCAAAGUUUUCCUGAAUCUGAUGAGCUCAAAACCAGAGACAGUUAAAGGGAGUUUGUUGACUGAACUACUAGAGAAGAGUCUUCCAGUUCUAAACAACUCACAAGAGGAGGCAAUAUUUCCUCAGAUGGAGUACACAGGCACGGAUGCCCAGUUGAAAUCCUACAAACUCUCCUCUAUCAAAGACCUUGGUGUAAGAAUGGCAGUCAGAUAUGGCAUGCACCUCAAGGUGCUGACAUCUAGUGCUGAGGCAGCAGAGAAUCUCUCACAGAUAAUGAAACAGACUGGAUACUUUUUGAAACAGCAGCAGAAACAUGUUGACUCUCCACUCCGCACUAUGCAGGGAGAGUAUGUUGGCUUUGAUUGGUUUGCUGCUACUAUAUUUCUCAUGAUGAAUGGACAUGUGGAGAGAACGUGGAAGUUUCUCUACAGGUUUUCCUGUCUUGCCUCAUCAGGCUAUCUCUGGGUGCCUCGGCUUUAUUGUUCAAUGCACUUGCCUCCUGGUCUGAUGGAGAGUGGUAUAUCUCCCCUCUUGUCCAGCACAGGGCACAAUGUAGAACUAGUGCUACAGGCUGAGCUACCUUUGGUCUACAGUGCCUUUAGAAUGUCUGGAUUUGCUCCUUCUCAGAUCUGCUAUCACUGGCUUCAGCAAUGUUUCUGGAAUUACCUUGACUGGUUGGAUAUAUGCCACUAUGUGUGUGUAUGUAUACUUAGAGGAGUUGAUUACCAGGUGUACACAUGUGUUGCUCUUCUCAAAUACCUUCAGAGGGACAUUCUCCAACAUCAGCAAGAUGGAGAUCUUGCUGUGUUUCUAAAGGAAGAGUCAAUCAAGGGAUUCAGGCUUGGAGCACACUUGGAUUUCAUAUACCAGCUUCAACAGAAGUUCAGAAAGACAAUACUGCCAGAAAUGCUUAAUAUAACGCAACCAUAGGAAUGGGAAUAUGUCAUAUUCAAAGUUUAGAAUCUUGAAUAAGUGAAUACUUUGAAAUGAGGUCAAGGUGCACCCUUUUUACAGACCAACCUCAAAUAAAAGAAGUGAAGAAUUAAACAAAUACACAAGUGUAAACAAUAUGAGAAAAGAAUAUCCACAUUUCAAAAGAUGGCCGUUUUGGAUACAUUAGUAAGAUUCUCUUCUGAAAUAGAUUUUCAAACGAUGAAUUUAGCAUUCAAUUGAAAACCAGUGGAGUGCCACAGAUCUUAAUUUGCGAAAAAGUAAACAGACCAACAUGUUGUUUUAAUAGUAGAACAUUGCCACAUUACAUCAUUUUGUAGAGAAAUUUCAUUAGAAAUGGACGAUUUUCUUAUUGCACACUUGGGUGCUAUAUUGUGAUCAGUUUGCCGGGCGGGCGGGCAGAUGGGUGUCCCAAUUAAUCUUGUCUACAGGUUUCCAGCCAAAUCAUUUGAGCAGUUCAUCUAAAAUUUUCAGGGAUGUUUUUACCUACAA